CGUAUCACUGAACAUCGUCUUCUUUGUUGUCUGUCUGCUGACUUGCUCUGCUUCUUCAGUUCAGUAGCCAAACCAGUUCACUGGAGUGCUGAUUCGUUCCUCUCCCCAUUCGUACGCUCUCAAGCUGUCUCCUUUUUCUCUCUUUUCUCCUUCCCUGGCAUGUCGGGUCUUGUUACUUUGGACAUUUUUACUAAUGGGCAUGGUGGGAAGGAUCAUUGAAUGAUCACUCGGUCUAGAUUUUCUCUGAAUUGUUGUCGUCCUGGUAAUCUGGAGAGUGAGCUUCCUGUAAAUUCUUACAUUUUUGUUUGGGAAUGGAGAAGCUAGUAUGUGAAGGAGCUCAGGCUAACUGGGGAACGAAGCUGUGGAGCUCCUGUGGCUUGUGCUGAUAACGCUAAAGGUGUUUGACGAAUUUCCCCUGAGAAGCAUUUGUCAAUUAAACUUUUUAUCAGACUUCAAAAUGGGGAGAUGAGGAGGCUUCUGUGCUAUGGUCCUUCCACAUGGAGGUGGGAGGUGCCCCUUCAUCUGAGUGGAGCUGUCUGUGUUUAUCUUGAUGGAAUUUAUUAACAGGCAUGAAGAGGUUCAUGCUCCACAUUCGAGGCAAUUAUUUCGGUGUCUUAUGCCACAAUAUUCUCUUGAAAACUCCAAAAGUUUUGCCGUGCUUGUUCCUUUACCGACAUUCACCCCUCAGAUUCCUUUACUCGGGCUCAACCAAUACGAGGCCAUUUCCUGAUUAUUCCCCUAAGAAACCCACCAUCAGAGAUUCUGAGCUUGUACACCAUAUCUCAACAACAAUAAAGUUGCGCCGCAGUGAGCCACUUCGCCGAAUUCUAAAACCUUAUGAAUCAAAGUUUAGGCCUGACCAUCUCAUUUGGGUCCUCAUGAACAUUAGAAGUGACUAUAGAUUGGCUUUGGAUUUCUAUGAUUGGGCGUGCCUUCGCAGAUACCCAACAUUGGAAGCACGCUGCAUCAUUAUCCAGGUUGCUGUAGCUUCUGGAGAUCUAGAAACAGCAGAACAGCUUAUUAAUGAUUUCUGGACAAAACCCAAUCUAGAGAUUAGCAGUUCAUUUGCUCUCUUUGCUGAGCGAUUGAUAUACACAUAUAAGGACUGGGGUUCAGAUCCCCGGGUAUUCAGUAUUUUCUUCCAUGUUCUUGUUCAAGCAAAGUCGCUUCAUGAAGCUAGGAAGCUUUUUGACAAGUUGGUAAAUUAUGGGGUGGUUAUCUCCAUUGAUGCUUGCAAUUUUUACCUUAGUCAGCUCUCCCACGAUCCUGAUGGGCAUCAGGCACUAAUAAAGGCAUUCAAGGAAUUCCCUGUAGUUGGUGUUUGUUGGAACACAGAUAGUUAUAACAUUAUUGUUCAUUCAUUCUGUCGAAGUAAGAAGAUCAAGGAAGCGCACAAUUUACUACUGCAAAUGGAGGAAAGAGGCUGUUCACCUGACGUUGUAAGUUACAGUACUAUAAUUAAUGGAUACUGUCAAGCUGGGGAACUGCAGAGUGCAUUGAAGCUUGUAGAGGAGAUGCAAACAGCAGGGUUGAAACCCAACUCUUACACCUACAACAGCAUAAUUUUUUUCCUGUGUGAAAGUGGUAAAGUAAUUCAAGCAGAGAAAGUCAUGAGGGAGAUGAUCAACCAUGGAGUAGCUGCCGAUAAUGUGGUUUACACGACCCUCAUCAAUGGUUUCCGUAAACUAGGGAAUGUUGCAUCAGCAUUUUCUCUGUUUGAAGAAAUGCAGGCUCAGAAUAUUGUUCCUGAUGUUGUAACAUAUACAGCUCUAAUUUGUGGUUUCUGUGAGAGUGGGAAAAUGGUGGAAGCAGAUAAUAUGUUCAGUGAGAUGGAGAAGAGAGGUUUCAGACCAGAUGAAGUUACAUAUACAGCACUCAUUGAUGGUUACUGCAAGGCAGGUGAAAUGAGGAAGGCCUUUUCUCUUCAUAAUGAGAUGGUUUCUCUUGGGAUCAGCCCGAAUGUAGUUACUUACACGGCAUUGUCUGAUGGGCUUUGUAAAUCUGGAGAUGUGGACUCAGCAAACGAGCUUCUUCAUGAAAUGCGAAGGAAGGGCCUUGAACUGAAUCUCUGCACUUAUAAUUCUAUUCUUAAUGGCCACUGCAAGGCAGGUAAUAUUGCUUUAGCAAUGAAGCUGAUGGAGGAUAUGGAGAAGGCUGGGAUUUUCCCUGACAGUAUUACUUACACAACUUUAAUGGAUGCACACUGUAAGAUGGGCCAGAUGACGAAAGCCCACAACCUGCUCCGAGAGAUGCUCGAUAGAGGCCUUGAGCCCACAAUUGUUACAUUCCAUGUGCUGAUGAACGGAUUCUGUAGCUUGGGAAUGCUAGAGGAUGCAGAGCAGUUAUUGGAUUGGAUGCUCCAGAAGGGUAUAAAUCCCAAUGCUGCGAUCUACAAUUCUCUAAUGAAGCAGUAUUGCAACAGAAACAACAUGCGUGCUACAAAUGAUAUCUAUCGAGGUAUGCAGGCCAGGGGAGUUAUACCUGAUGAAAAGACAUAUAACAUAUUGAUAAAGGGGCAUUGCAAAGCGAGGAAUAUGAAGGAAGCGUGGUUUUUGCAUCAAGAAAUGGUUGAGAAGGGUUUCCGUGUUUCAGCUAGUUCAUACAAUGCAUUGGUUAGGGGUUUUUUGAAGAGAAAGAGAGUUUCAGAAGCAAGGCAAAUAUUCGAAGAGAUGAGACAAAAGGAAAUCGUGGUAGAUAAAGAGAUAUAUGACCUCUUUGUGGACAUGAUAUAUGAGGAGGGAAAUAUGGGAACUAUCCUUCAGCUGUGUGAUGAAGUCAUAGAGAACUUUCUUGUGGAUCAAGCCAAGGAUGAAGACUGAUGGCUAGAGACUCUUAUUAAUGUGGCACGAGCUUUGGUAUCGAGAUCCUAAUAUGCAGUGAUACCCUCUGUAAAUGAGGGCACUGAUGUUAUUCUGGAUGAAGAGCUUCCUUACAUUCAUCGGAUCAGUAUGGCUACUUGCCAAGGAGUGUUGGCUUAAUUUGUAGAAGCACUCCACAAAGGAGAUGAUAGCGUUUGACAAUGAAGGGACUGGACAGUGUCUGAGACUUGCUGAGAUACCAUGGUCAUUCACAAGGAACAGUGAAGGUUGGAUGAAUUUUUCAUAUGCCACAUUCAGAUGUACGCAGCAGGGAUGGGAAGUAAUGUGUUCUAGUAAGUUUUUACCCUCUUUGUGAUGCUGCCACUGAGUAUUUAAAUGCAUCUUAACUGCUGAAACCACAUCGUUACGAUUUAAAAAUCGGAAUUUUCAUCCGACUGACCCUUGUGAUAUCCCCUGGACGAAGCCUUAUUUUGCAUAAAAUAAGAAGGAUACAAUAAAACCAAGAGGAUCAGGACUGUUCUAGAGAAAUUGAACCGGUCAAACCUAUGAAAGAUCUCAUGCAUGAACGGGAGAAAAAAUGUAAAUGUGGAGUGUGAUGGCAAAAUAAUGCAAAGAGCGACUAGAAAAUUCUUUGAAUGGGAAGGAUUGUGGGCCGCAGAAUUCAAUAGCCGCCUUCGCGUUCUGAUUACGGACCACAAAUUCUCACCAACCUAAUGUUACUGCUGAUUGAAUGCUAAGAGGGCGGUUGGCAUGAGAUAAUUCAUGUGGAUUAUUGGGAAUCUAAUUCUCUGGUCUCAUUAGAUUA